AUGUCAAUAUAAAGAGAAUGGCAGAAAUUUGUGAGACCACCUCGAUAUAAUUAUAGUUACUUUGAUCUAGGUUGCUUAUUUCUUAUUAACAGGGUUAGGUCCUGAAUACAUUUAACUCCAUCAAGGUUAUCUACGGAAACACGAAAGGGUUAUUACUAAUCGUUAAAAUUGCAAAUUAGAAAUGUCAUACUUUGAAUUGAAUCCACGAACUACCAAUUGUAUCGUUUAUUGUCAUGGCUACAAUGGAUGUAGAAUAGAAGGCAUAAAGUACGCUUCAAUUGUGGCUUAAUUUGGCUUCAAUUUUUGCACAUUCGAUUUCUAAGCAUGUGGCCAUUCAGAAGGAGAUUUCAUUACUUUUGGGUAUGAUAGCUGUGUAAAUCAAUAGACACCUUGAGAAGGAGGAUAUAACAUCGAUAUUGCAGGAAUUAGAGAUCCAAUUCCAAUAGAAACAGUUUAUUUUGUGGGGCAGAUCUUUGGGUGCCACUACCAUUUAAUUAAAGGAAUAGCCAAAUGUCAAGGGAUUGGUAUUGGAUAGUUGUUUCACAAAUUUCAAUAAGUUAGCGAUUAGCAUAAUUCAGAAGUAGACUAGGUUGCCGAAAUUCAUAAUUAAGGCAAUCAUCUUCUUAACCAAAGGAACUAUUGAAGAAGAAGCAGGAUUUCAAUUGAAUGAUAUACAAGUUUAAUGUAAUUCCGACAUGCCCACACUCUACAUUUGUAGUGACAAGGAUUCGCUUAUUAAGGCAAAAAAUAGUUUAAAAUUGUACAAGCAGCAUAAAGGAAUAAAGAAGUUAAUCAAAGUGGAUGGAGAACACAAUGAUUCGAGGCCUCUUGAAAUCAUUCAACAAAUCUGUUCAUGGUGCAAGGACAGAGUGCAAAUGCAAUAAAACAAUUAUGUUCAAUACAAUUCAGUUCCUCAAGUGGCUAGAUUGCCAUUGGAAUUGAUCUAUGAUUCUAACAUUUAGAGUGGGAUGCAAUCUUCUUAUAAUAGGAUUCCUAAGAAUCCUGCCAUAAAAUUAAAAAACCAAAUAAGUAUCUAGUUAAGAACAAGCUGUAGAAAUUUACACAGUGCAGUAUAAUACUGAAUUUAUAUAUAUAUAUAAUAAGACUUAUAUAUAUGGUAUAAGGAAAUUCAAUAUUAAAAAUGUAAUUUAUAAAUGAGGGAGUUGAAUGGUUUGAAAUCCAUUCGACAAUCUGGGCUAAUGACGUAGCAUGUAUAAUAAAUGCUUAAAAUAAGUGUUGAAAGACAAUUAUAUUAUGGGCUUUUAGGGAAAGCAUAGACGUAUAGCAUUAGGCAGUUCAAUUGGGUUGUUGAUGCUCACUCAAUUAGCUUAACGAAAUCCUAUUGGGGCUUUACGUGUUGGUGCUUUUGCAUUUCCUGUGCUCAGCUAUGUGAUGUGUCCUGAGAUAUACAAUUCCUUAUUAUGA